GCUUGCCUGCUCAUUUUUUUCAAUAUAAAGGGUAGUAUAUUGCUGCAUGGCCAUUUUCACAAAACAGACUAUGAUGAAAUGAAUAACGUUUAGUUUGGCUUGGAUAAUCGCCUGUGCAAUCUAUGACAUUAAUUCCUCAGUCCUCACACUUUCUUACAUAAAACCCGGGACGACAACACGUAUGCGUACAAAAGAAAUUCGACGGGCAGAACAGAAUAUAUGAAUAUUCAAACCCUGCAUGAAACCGUUGUCUACGACGCCUUCACUAAUGCAAAAAGUAAUUUGCAAUUAAAAGACUGCCCUGAAAUCAACAAAAAGCCUAACAAUGUUCAAUACUGUCAGGUCUGUUCACACGAUCCAUUUUUUUUUUAUUCAAUUCACUUCUGACGUAUGGAAUGUAGUCUGCUACUGCUGGCGAUAUCAGUGGACUGCUGCGGGCUCAAAAGUUUUUAGCUGCGCAGUUGCUACGUAGCCGCGCAUGCGCAAGCUUCUACGAAAACGUGAUCAGUGGUUGUGAUUCAGUGGUUGUAAUGUCAUAAUUAUGUUUUUCAUAAUUAUUGGCUGGAUGCCGAGUUUCAUUGCGCACGUUUUAUUAUUGGUUACGUUUUAUCAUGAAUAAUAAAAUGAUUAAAAUCACUUUUAAUCGUCUUUUAACUAUCCAUGGUUUCAUUGGUAUGUGUAGGCAGUGUAGGUACAUUGAUUUUGGAAGUGUUGUGUGGCAAUAUAUACAAAAAUAUCAAACAAAGAUUUAGAUAUUAACAUGAGAAAUUAAAAGUGUCCUUGACUUGCAGAUCAAGACUUAACGUGUUUACCAGUAUUUUCACAAUCACAGGAAGCAUUCACUUCGAACGCAAGUUUGGUUCAACCAAUCGUUACUUAUUUCCGGAAAUGUUGACGUACGAUCCGAAGGACUAUUUUAGCAAGACGGUAUUUGAUCAUCUUUUUAUCGUUGUAAGUCAUUACAAGUUGCACGGAUUGUGAAUUCCGAACCUGACACAAAGAUGGCCUCGUUUUUCCUUAAAACAGGUUUAUUGCUGCUGUUUUUUACCUCUUUGACAUCGGCUGGUUUUCAGUUUGAUGCAAAAACAACCUCAGGUUCCUGAGGAACGGACGGCCGCUCGUGCCACGGAGAGUUACGGCAGCUCGGGGCAUUUGCAGACGCCGAUGCUGAUGAAUUCCCGGAACUAAAGGUAGAACAGAAAAAAGAUACAGAGCCAGAGAGUCGAGAUGAAAUUUAUGAACGGUUGGUUUCAAUGAGGAAGGCGAACUAAGAGAAAGCGGCGAUGACUGUGGAAGCAUAAUCAUUUUGAAGACAUUUUAGUAGAAUCAAGCUAGCGCUGUUAGGAUUACCUAAAUAAUUUCCCACAUUUUAGGAGACAAUGCCAUUAAAUUUCUUAAAUGAUGAUGGUUUCUUCUUUCAUAUCACACAUCUAUGGUCAAUGACAUGACAUGAUGGUGUUACCCUAAAAGAUACUUCUACUAUUAGAAUAUCUGAAGGAAACUUUCAAUAAAUCCCAUGCAGUAAGAUUUUGUCAUGCAGGCUGCUAAAAAAUGACUACCAAAAUUUGGCAGAAACACAGCAGGUUCCAGAUAAUUUUGUGAAAAACUAAAUUUGAUUGCUUGUCUCUCAAAAUGUUUUCGACUAAAAUUAGAUUUCUUUGAGUAAUUUCCACAGAAAAAUCUUUAUUAUGAACAUUUUAAUGACAUAGUAUCCUUAGUGAUAAUGAUAGCAAUUUGGUCAAAGUUUAUUACAGCCAUUUGCUGGAAGUUUGUUCACACGAAAGACACGAGCCAGAAGAUAUCGUAAAAAAGAUAAUGUUCUACCUGAUGCACGAAAAUCAUGAUAACACAUCUGGCUGCUAUAAGCAGGGACGUCAUAAAUUGCUCUUACAAUAGAGAACAUCUCUUCGAUGUUGGCUGAAUAUUUUUUGUAUUAGGUCAACGGACACCGGAAUUAAGGAAGCGUAGCAGGGUCAGCUUCCCCUCUUGCCUUUUACGAGUAGGGAAACUCAGGGAUGGAUGGGGCAAAGGAUCUGCCUUCAAUUCAUUCAUGCAGUUCCUUAUUAAUCCGCUUUGAUAUCACUGGAAAGCCUGCAGUCUCUGGAUCAUCCGACUUCUCUGUUGCUUCACGACAUGUCCCACCUGUGACUAGUGUCGCAAUUUUCAUGGGGGGCAGAAAAUAACGAGGGUGCAUUUGUUCCCCCUCUAGCGCCGCAACUAGCCAUGACGGUUGUGACUAAUGGCCUAUACUAGACAUAGGUUAGUGGUUAUAACAUAUGAAACAAACCUUAAAAAAGCCAAAGUUCGCGCUGGAACCUGCACUCAUCUCUCUGGUACAAAACAAAAAAUCACCAAAGCGCUAAGUGAGAUGCUAAUUUCCAGUGAGAUAUGUUUCCCCAGUCCGGAAAAUUAUCCUCAGAACAGCAUUGGACCUGAUAGUUUCUUUUGUCCUCGAGUACCUCAACCAGAACUAAUUAUCUUUUCUGUCGAACGAAAACCUUUUUGUCGAACCGACUUCAGAACCGAUUUGUCAUUUGCGCUCUAAAUUUGACUAUAGAGGAUAUAAAUAAGACGAUCAUAAAAACGGCCUCUGGAGAAUUUAACAGUGCAGAAGGUGAGAAGGAAAACAGAAGCAGAAUAGCACAGAAGGACAAACAGAAACAAAGGAUAUACUUGUCCAACUGAUUUAUGAUGAUGUCAACAGAAGUAAUUCUAUUCCUGACAAUGGUUGUGUCACUGACCAAUAUUUCCUGUUACGAGUUGCAUCAUUUGCAGCGCAAACAACUAAAAGAAAACGUUGAUGGCGCUAUGGGCCGGAUGGGCUCUCAGAGAGGAGAUUUGUGGGAGAUUUCUGAUGCCGCACGGCCAGCGUUUCACAAUAUCGAUGACAGUCGUCUCUCUCGUCUACGUCACUAUGUCCCAGGUUUUGACGAACGCGAUGAAAACAAUCCCAACGAAUUGACAUUUGCACAAUCGUUGUUCGAAGACCCCUUUAGUGUUAAAGUACGCCAGGCUGUGCUCGAAACGAAGUUUUUUCAGAGAAUUAUUAAUAAUACUCUAGCUCCAGAACAAUAUGGCGGAUACAUGGUGCAAGACGCGGCUUACGUCUUUGAUGCGGUGAAGGCUUUCGACUCAGCCGCUAAAAAUAUGCAAGGCAAGCACCCCCCUGAUUUUGCGUUAUUUUAUCGGGGAAGAUCUGCAAGCUUUACAAGUUACGCCAGUUAUUUUGUUUCUAAAUGGAAGCUGAAAAGCACGAAGAGCAUCAUAACGGGUCCAGCAGCCGCAACGUACGUAGCCUAUGAAAUGAAACUUGCUCAAAACAAGCCUAAAUAUCUCAGCAUCGGCAUCCUACCCUGUGACAUGUUAUGGCCUUGGGUUGCAAAACAAAUUAACGAUCAAGUUCCGAAAACGCAUGUUUACAGAUCAUGGGUUGAUGAUAAUCUUAGUGAUGGUUCUUCAAGUGCGCAGAAGUUUGCCAACAAGUUUUUCACUGCGGAAGACAAAGAAGAUUCCCAACCAAUUUUUAAUGAAGGAAUUAUCAACGAGCUAAAUUUCUUUCGCUCUGCCUGCGGAGAGAAACCAGUGAGCUACGAAUUCGGUAUACAAGAGUAAAACUGCACAGGUCAUUUUUCCAAGCUCCUUAAAUUUACUACCGGUUUUGGUAAAUUCUUAAUGUUUUAGUUUAGUUCCUAAUGAUUUAAAUAAAAAGCUGAAAAAACUAUUCAGAUGUAUAAAAGAUUAUAUGGCGUACCCUUUGAGAGGGCUGCCUAUGGUUUCAUUUCAAUUAUUUUGGCUACCAAAAAAUGUGGGGGCAAAAGCUCACCGAGCCACCCCCCCCCCCGUCUCCGCAGUGCAUGUUAAAAUUUUCUCUGGAGGCUGCGCUGAAUGUAUGACGUCAUUAAUCCCUCCCCGCAACCAUUCCAGAACUACAUUUUAUUUGGGAAAUUAUAGAACGAUGAAACUUUAUUCACUGCACUAUCUUUAUCUUCAUUAAAAUUUAAAAAUAACGGUUUCAUUUUUCUAAGUGAACCCGAAGAACAUUGGUCAGUCAGAAAGCAGUCCCGUGCUCGAG